AUGGACUACUCGUCUUCUCAUUACCGACUUCCAUCUCUUGGAACAAUGCUUCAAACCACCGAGCAUGGAAGACGACCAUUCAGCUUCUCCACCAUGAAUGCUCGACUCAAUACAAACACCGCAGCUAUGCCUCCCUCCUCCUCCCCUCGUCCAGACAGCCGUGCCAGUAGCGACGUCAAUCCAAACGCGCCUGUGUUCGUCCCUGGAUCUACCUAUCAUAUUACAAGAACACAACCUCCUCGCCCUGCGACUCUCGCGCGUCCGAUGCCUGAUCAGAUGGCUCAACCGCACUUUCGGAACCUCAGCACGGCUACAAACCCCUAUCCUCACGAGCCUCACCCCUUUCGCAGCUCAACCAUGGGUCCUAGCACUUUCACAGGCUUGAUCAACACCAGACGCACCGAAGGUCACGUCAGAACAGACACAAACCCAUAUGCCAACGAUCCUCGCCCAUUCCAGAGAGAAACCACCGCUCCUAGCACUCAGAUGGGCUACACAAGAAGCAGACAGAGCGAGGCUCGCUUGAGCACAGCUACAAACCCAUACCCGAACGAUCCUCGCCCCUCCUACGACAAUAUCACCGGUCCAGAUGGCCGUACACGCACCACCAGAGCGAGACAGGGCUCAGCUCAUACGAGCACAGACACAAACCCCUAUCAUGGCAUCCCUCCACGCUAUGACCCAAACAUCAUCGCUGAGCUGGACCGUCGUGUGGCGCAGGCGCAGGCUCGUCGUCCUUGA